UGCUGUCCGGCGAUGCGUGUACAGUGCCCCGAUGUAUUAUUCAUGCCGCGCCAUUGAUCGAGAGAGAAGUCUCCUGCAGAGAGAGAGAGAGGCGCGCACGGUGCAGUCUCCACAGCCUUGCGGAGACCGAGGACCAUCAACAUCAUCAACAUCGACAUCCUCAUCGACAUCGCCAGCGACAUCGUUCUGACAGCGCCAGAAGAAACGACCUGCUGACUCACGGCAAAUAUGUCACUGGGAGAGCCGCCCGGCGGGACCUCGGUUCGCGGUGGCGGCGGGGGGUUGGUGGCUGCCACCGCCGCCGCCGUGACCGCGUCGCCGCCACGGGACUUCACAGGGGACCUCGCGGAUGACUUCGCGGGCGACUUGCUGCUUGCGCACAACGCGGCGCGCGCGCGCCACGGGGCCGCGCCGCUGCGCGCGUGCGCCGCGCUGGAGCGCGAGGCGCGCGCAUGGGCCGAGCACCUCCUGGAGAGGCGCGCGCUCAAGCACAGCGACACGAGCCACGGCGAGAACCUGUACUACCGCCCGCUGGGCGCCAGGGAACAGGGCGCCGAGCCCGGCGGCAAAGAAGUGACGGAGCACUGGUACAGCGAGGUGAAGCAUUACGACUUCUCCAGUCCUGGAUACAAGCCCAACACAGUCCACUUCACGCAGCUCGUGUGGCGCGCCUCGUGCACGCUGGGCGUGGGCCGCGCCUGCGACGGGCGCCGUCUCGUCGUGGUGACGCUCUACAGCCCCGCGGGCAACCAGGGCCCCCAGGGCGCCUUCCACGCCAACGUGCUGCCCCCCUUGCCCCGUGCCGCCUCCCUUGCCGGCGCUGCCCCCGCUGCCCACGUGCGCCGAUGCGUCCCCGUUGCCCGUGCCGCCCGCGCGGUCUGCACCGCCGUCAUCUUCGGAUGCGGCCAAAGGCCGCAAGCAAGCGACUUUCAACAGGAUCUGCUUGUGGCGCACAACGCCCUGAGGAAGAGGCACGGAGCGAAGCCUCUGGUCCUCAGUGCGGAGCUCUGUGCAGGGGCCCAGCUCCGUGCCGAGGCCCUGCUCCUCCUGCUAAUGGAGCCUGGCGCUGUGACGAUGCCACGCGGCGGGCAGCUACGGGAGGACAGAUCACGCGAGCACCCGGCGGACCUGCACGCACCGCUGGUGGACGCGCUCGGGCUCGGCGGGCUACACACAGGCAGACGGCAAACGGAAGAGCUGCAACCGGGACAAACACUCGACUUGGGAGAAGCACACGCGGACAGUCUGCAGGUGGACCAAGGUCCGUGUGACGAUGAGCAGUCUCGCACUCGGCGGGAGGAUGAGCAGGGGAAGCCUUCACAAGCUGCCUCCCCAAACCAUCAGGGACUACAGCCAGCACAUCCACAGCCACAGGCGCUACAGGCAGAUAAACUGCAGUCGAGCGACAUUCAUCCGGACAGAAUAUGGACGGAGAGAUUGCAAGAACAGCAACUGCAUCGAAACAAAGUACAGCAAGAAGGGCUACCACCAAGUGAACUGCAGCCCGACAAACUCAGUCCGGAUAAACGAGAGACGGUGGGACGACAGCCAUAUCAACUACAGCCAGAAGAGCUGCAGUCAAAUCAACUUCAACCAACUGGAAUGCAAUCAAAAACAUUUCAGGGUGACAAAAUACGAUCCAAUGAAGCAUGCGAACUACAAUCAAGUGAACCUCAACCAGCUGACGCACAACCGGCUGAUGCACAACCAGGUGGAGUACAACCAGGUGGAGUACAACCAGGUGGAGUGCAACCAGGUGGGGUACAACCAGGUGGAGUACAACCAGGUGGAGUACAACCAGGUGGAGUACAACCAGGUGGAGUACAACCAGGUGGAGUACAACCAGGUGGAGUGCAACCAGGUGGACUACAACCAGGUGGACUACAACCAGGUGGAGUACAACCAGGUGGACUACAACCAGGUGGACUACAACCAGGUGGAGUGCAACCAGGUGGAGUGCAACCAGGUGGAGUGCAACCAGGUGGAGUGCAACCAGGUGGAGUACAACCAGGUGGAGUACAACCAGGUGGAGUGCAACCAGGUGGGGUACAACCAGGUGGAGUACAACCAGGUGGACUACAACCAGGUGGACUACAACCAGGUGGACUACAACCAGGUGGACUACAACCAGGUGGAGUACAACCAGGUGGAGUGCAACCAGGUGGAGUGCAACCAGCUGACGCACAAGCAGGUGGAGUACAACCAGGUGGACUACAACCAGGUGGACUACAACCAGGUGGACUACAACCAGGUGGAGUACAACCAGGUGGAGUACAACCAGGUGGAGUGCAACCAGCUGACGCACAACCAGCUGACGCACAAGCAGGUGGACUACAACCAGGUGGAGUACAACCAGGUGGGGCACAACCAGGUGGGGUACAGGCAGUGGAGGCACAAGCGGAGGAGGCACAGGCGGGGGAGAGGCUCCCAGGCGCGGCGCGCUGGGACUCCGCGGCCCUGGAGCGCGUGGGGCGCACAGAGUCGCGGCCCGGGGAGAACGUCUACCUGGGGGUCGGGGGGGACGCGACACACCCCACGGCGUCCGAGGUCACCGACGCGUGGUAUAGCGAAAUUGGACGACACAACUUCGACAUCCUGAGCCCUCAGCCCGAGUCCGCUCGCUUCUGCCAACUGGUGUGGAGGGCCUCGCAGAGACUCGGGGUCGGCCGUGCCGUCAGCCCCCAGGGCUGCGUGGUGGUCGUGGCCCUGUACGACCCCCCCGCGCUCGGGCAACGGUGCGCGACUCCCGGCAACGAUGCCGACAUGAUCGCCGUCUCUCCGGUGGCAGCGCCGAACGGAAGUUGUGUCCCGGGGACAGAAGCGGUGGACGAAGACUGCGGCCCGAGGGUGGCAGAAUCGGCGGACGAUGACGAUUGUGUACUGGCGGUGGACGCGGGGGUGAUGCUUACCGUGGACGACGCCUCGGGCGUUGGGAAGUCGGAGAAGUCGUCCCUCGUCGAAGGGGUUCCGGAAAGCGAGGCGAUGGAAGAUCCAGAACGUUCCGUGGCAGAAAGCACGGCAACCGUGAUGGGCGAAUCGGCAGGCACACGUGCCGUGGGUACACGUGGCAAGACCGAUGCCUCGAGUGAGAUGGCACCAAAGGAAGCCAUGCCGAAAUCAGUUUCCUUCUUGUCACUUGGAGAUGCCCCCUGGACAAUGGAGCUGCUGUCGAUGCAGUCUGCCGACACAGACUUGGACACAGAGGAGAGCUCGGGCACAGAAACUCUGGUGAUGGAUUCAGACAGAACAACUUGUGAAAUAAUGGAAAGAUCUGAGGCGGAAGCAAUUGAAGAGCUCCCGUGGGUGGUAGAAAGGGGGCAUGGAGGUGCAGGCUCAUGUGAAGGAGUGGGAAGAGAAGACACUCUGGUGAUGGAGAAAAUUCUAGACGAGUCUCGCCCAAAAGAGCACACCGGAGGUGGAGAUGAAGCAGAGAUGGUGGCUGGGAAAGAUAUCCGACAAGCGGUAGAGGAAGUCUUGAACGUAGCUGGCGGCGGUGGCGUGGAGCCCAGCGACAGCGGAGUGGAGUCUGAAAAGACAAAACGACCACGCUCCGACGUGGAAAACGGGACUCCAGGGAUGAUGGCAGCAGUGACAGUGGCAGAGGUGACUUGUCGGAGGGCAGCAAGGGCAGCGGAAGUGACACACAGAGAAGUGAGGGUGAAGGCGCCGGGGAGCGCUCUCGCGACAAAAUUGGGAGCAGCCGCGGGAGGCGUGAAAUUCGUGCCGCCACGGCGAGACGAGGCGCCGAAAGCGCUGGCGAGGGCCGGGAGGAGGGCAGACUGCUCCGCGCCCGGUGCACCCACCGUAGCGUCUGGGUCAAAGGUCACGGCAAGGACGCCCAGGGCAGAGGUGGUGCUGAGCAAUGUGGUGGGCACGGAGGCGCUGAUCAAGGCCACGCUGGUGGGAGAUGCGCUCUCGGAACUCUACCGGAGGAACGUGCUGCCCAUGGUGAGGAGCACACCCUGCACUCCCCAGCCGCAUGCGCAGCUCCACAUCUCAGAGGAGGACCAGGAGGAGUUUUGUAUGGACGUCCUGGCGGAGCACAACCGCCUGCGCGAGAUCCACGGCGCCCGGCCUCUGCGGCGGAGCGUGGCCCUGGGCCGGGACGCGCGCGCCUGGGCCCGCGUGCUGGCACGCUCGCGGGCGCUGCGGUCCCACCCCACCGUGCCGCACGGCCAGAACGUGUGGGCCAGGCACAUCGGCACGGGCGAACUGCCCAAAGGACGUAAGGUCACCAACUGCUGGUACGCGGACCGGCUGGCCUACGACUACAACAACCCGGGGUUUCAGCAGGGAACCGGCAACUUCUCCCAGCUGGUGUGGCGCAGCUCCCUCGAUCUGGGCGUGGGGCUUGCGUGCGACGGGCGAGGCAUGUUCGUGGCCGUCGCAUUCUACAGCCCCGCGGGAAACCUGCCCUACGCCAUGAGCUACCGCGACAACGUGCUGCCCCCAUACACGCAGGGCAUGGCUAAGGGGCAGGCGUCCGAGGUCACCGACGCGUGGUAUAGCGAAAUUGGACGACACAACUUCGACAUCCUGAGCCCUCAGCCCGAGUCCGCUCGCUUCUGCCAACUGGUGUGGAGGGCCUCGCAGAGACUCGGGGUCGGCCGUGCCGUCAGCCCCCAGGGCUGCGUGGUGGUCGUGGCCCUGUACGACCCCCCCCGCGCUCGGGCAACGGUGCGCGACUCCCGGGAUGAUGGCAGCGUGACAGUGGCAGAGGUGACUUGUCGGAGGGCAGCAAGGGCAGCGGAAGUGACACACAGAGAAGUGAGGGUGAAGGCGCCGGGGAGCGCUCUCGCGACAAAAUUGGGAGCAGCCGCGGGAGGCGUGAAAUUCGUGCCGCCACGGCGAGACGAGGCGCCGAAAAGCGCUGGCGAGGGCCGGGAGAGGGCAGACUGCUCCGCGCCCGGUGCACCCACCGUAGCGUCUGGGUCAAAGGUCACGGCAAGGACGCCCAGGGCAGAGGUGGUGCUGAGCAAUGUGGUGGGCACGGAGGCGCUGAUCAAGGCCACGCUGGUGGGAGAUGCGCUCUCGGAACUCUACCGGAGGAACGUGCUGCCCAUGGUGAGGAGCACACCCUGCACUCCCCAGCCGCAUGCGCAGCUCCACAUCUCAGAGGAGGACCAGGAGGAGUUUUGUAUGGACGUCCUGGCGGAGCACAACCGCCUGCGCGAGAUCCACGGCGCCCGGCCUCUGCGGCGGAGCGUGGCCCUGGGCCGGGACGCGCGCGCCUGGGCCCGCGUGCUGGCACGCUCGCGGGCGCUGCGGUCCCACCCCACCGUGCCGCACGGCCAGAACGUGUGGGCCAGGCACAUCGGCACGGGCGAACUGCCCAAAGGACGUAAGGUCACCAACUGCUGGUACGCGGACCGGCUGGCCUACGACUACAACAACCCGGGGUUUCAGCAGGGAACCGGCAACUUCUCCCAGCUGGUGUGGCGCAGCUCCCUCGAUCUGGGCGUGGGGCUUGCGUGCGACGGGCGAGGCAUGUUCGUGGCCGUCGCAUUCUACAGCCCCGCGGGAAACCUGCCCUACGCCAUGAGCUACCGCGACAACGUGCUGCCCCCAUACACGCAGGGCAUGGCUAAGGGGCAGGGCUAGGAGGGGGGGAGGUGCAACGUGACUUGAGGGCACGCUCACGGAAGAAGAACGUGGGUGAGGGCAAGGGAAGUGCUGAGGCGAGAGGAGAGGGAUGAGGUUGAGAGGCUCGCACAGGGAGCUGGCUGCUCAUGGGGAGGGAGGAACACAGCUCAGGGCAGGGGCCGGCCUCAAGGGCAGGGCUAGGGACAGGAGAAGGAGUCAACAAUAGGAAUGGAGAGGAGGCACGGCUGGGGGAAGGGACAAGGCCACAGGCAACAUCGCAAUGGGGUCAGAGUCAGGGGACGAACGGUGGAUUUCAUCGUUUCAACUCUAAAAUCCCCUGUGGACAUGGUAUUAGAAGCAAAUGGACCUGAUUUAAUCGUAAAAAAGUGUUUGUUCUUAAAUGUAACUUUUUACCAACCAAAUAACGCAUACAGCAUAUCGCAAUGCGUUAUAAAUUAUUAACGUCACAAAAGGGCGUUUCUCAAGCGAGGAUUUAACCAAGCGGCCUCUUGUCCUACCCCGUGAGCUACGGCGCCUCUAGACGCAAGACGCUGACGUUUCCAUACAGUACGUACCUUGUGAGGCGUCGCCAUCAAUCCCCAUCCCCUGGAUUCCAUUCCCCUGCCUCUCAUGCCCCCCUUUCCCCCCGUUGAGACUUCAUGUAGC